CUUCCAGAAGAAUGGUUUCUUGUUGGAGUACCCUGGUACUUUGCUAACAGAAGAGGAAGGUGAUGAGUUGAUGAAAACUUAUCCAGAUGACAUAGGAUCGUUCCUAUUUUUUUAUAAAAAUAAAUGGUAAGUCACCUACCGUUACUUUUUCUUUCAGACAGAAUAUUUUCUCAAAAAAUAUUUUCUUACCUACAAAAGCACACAAAGUGAUUCAUUUCGAAUAUAAAAUGUGUAAACUUAAACAAGUACGUAAGAUUGUUGAUGUAACAUCUGACUUUUAUGUUAUAGCAUUGAUGCAACACACGAAGAAAGGUUAGGAAAAUACGUCAACGAUUCAAAGUUUCCCAACUCUGCAAUGAAAAGUGUUUUGUUAAAUGGACGCCUGCACUUGUGCUUAUUUGCACUAAAAGACAUUUGCCCUGGUGAGGAGUUGCGAUACUCGUAUGGAGCUAGCGGUCUUUGGUGGAGAAAGGUUUGUGAAUUUCUCUUUAUGUUAAUGCAUCAAGCCUAUGCGUGCCUACAUUGAAUACUGUCUUUUUAUAGGAUAAGAGGUCCAAGGUAAAAUACACUUUAAGUAAACUAAAGGAAAAGAAUAAGAAGAAAAACAGUGAUUGUGACGUUGACUUUGCACUGGCAAGAAGUCAAUACAUAAAAGAUGGAUUAACAUUUAUUGAUGUGGAUCCACAGAAUAAGGCUAGAAAACAGAAGACAGUUGACGAUGGCGGGGAGAAUACAGUUGAGAGCGUGAACGAAUUUUCAAAUACAGGUAGAAGACAAGAGACAGUUGACAAAGGCGGGGAAAAUGCAGUUGAGAGCGCAAAGGGAAUUUUCAAAUACAUUUAGUUUUUAAUAUUUCUAAAUCUAUAUUGAUAUCGCAAUAAUAACACGCUGUUCAUUCCAAAAAUUUGCUCCUGUAGGAUAAAAGACAGGCGACAGGUGAGGGAAGCAUUAACGAUACAACUGAGAGCUCAAAACCAGUUCUAGAUAUGAAAGUGGAAGUAUUGCCAACUCAAGAAUACAAUGCGGCGGAAAUGUUAAAUGAAAUUUUUAAUCCUACCGAUGCUCAGGAAAAGUUUGCUGAUGUCGAUGAAUUAACAUUAGAAGUUAGACGCUUACGUGAUAACCCGCUACCAGAAAUGCCACCUAUGAAACGUGUGAAGCGAAAAGAAAACUGUGAUGAAAAGGAUUUGAACGUCACAGAAAGAUUGUGUCAGUUGAUUCGGAGUGGAAAUGUAGCUGAAGCCAAAAAAACUUUCAAUCUAUGGGAAAAAUCUUUGAGGAGCACUUUUCCACAGAAACGAAAACGAAAAGUGUGCACUUGUCCAGUCGGCUUUCAAGACAAGACUGAUUUAGUGGUUCAUCUUGUUCGAGUACAUCAGAUAACGGAAGAGAAUGCCAAAAGUUAUAAAAGCGGAAUCAGUUCAAAUAACGAGAGAAAAAGAUUAGCCAACGAGCAAAGGAAAACCAAACCUCGAUUUUACCGGAAAAAGAUUUGUCCCAUUCUGGGCUGCUCAAAAGUGGUUGUUCGAAUAGAAAAUCAUUUGGGAGAAACACACAAAAUUAAAGAUAACAAAAAAUUUAAGGCUGCUCUGAAAGAGGCCAUUGCUUUCGAGGAAUUUACACCUAAAAAUGGUUUAAGCGAAGAUAGCGCGACAAGUAGUUGCAGCGAAAGUAGCGAACGGGAAGAGGAAAACAAGAUCAUGAGGAAUGGUGGAAUGAAGUACCUCAAAGUUGCUGAAAAUAUGUCGCCUGUGAAUUCCAAUGAUAGCAGCGAUGAAGAUUGGUUUUCGAGAAAGGUUAGAAAUAUUGCGGAACGUAGGCGAGAAGAAAGAAAGCGUAGAACUAGCGAAAGACAAGAAGAAACUGUUUUGGUUAAGCAUCGAAAAUCUUCUUCCACGAUUUCUAGAGCUCCCUCCAUAGCAAGUGUUGGUCCUUUAUCUGUCGAUUUAGAAGAAACGGAAGAAAUAGAACCUGACUCAAAUUUCCCAAUUUUCAAUGAGACACUAGCUCCUUCCAUAACGACGAUUGAGCCUUUAUCUGUCCGUUUCGAAGAAAAACAAGAACAAGAACCUGUCCGUAGUAAAUUGCCAAUAACAAGCAAAAACGAUUCACUAGAAUGUAGAAUUGAAGAUUUGGAUGGAAGUGAGGAUGAAGAUGAGGAGGAUGAGAAUAUGGAUAUUAUAAUUACACCAUGGAGGAAUGAGUCACAUUUUGACAAAUUUGAAUUGUGGUUGGUUAGCCCUGAUGGUAAGCGAAAAAAUAAACGCGCUGCGAAACAACAUUCCAGACAAGUGCAACUGAUUUUAAAGGACACCAGCCAAGAUUCAUACGAAUUAUCCGUUCUUUUUGACCGCAUGAAGAUCAGGAAUCAAUGGUUACUGAAUUUUGAAAAACGGAGAAAAGCUGGAACUAUAAAAAGUUAUCUCCAUUCUCUAUGUCAUUUUUACAAGUAUAUUUUGUGUGACACACCUGUGCUUUUCAAAGAUUUCGUUAAGGACUGUCCAAGCAUGAUAGUUAUCAUGGAAAACUGGAUUGUGGAGUAUAGAAAGAAGGCCAAAAGUGACAAAUGGAUGAAAGAUUUGGAGCAGUUAGAUCAGCUCAUAACAGCUGAAGAGGUCAAAACCUUCGAUAAUUCAACACACGUAUCCAAUUGUCGCAGGAAUAUCAAGGAAGUGUUGGCCACUGGUAAAGUUCCAACAUUCAAGCAAUUUACCUCUGUUCGAGAUUAUAUCUUAACUUAUCUCUGCUUGGAUAACGCGUCAAGGACCGGUGCUUUGGCUAACAUGACAACCAAAGAGUUCAUGACGGGGAAAAUGGAAAAUGGAGUAUAUAUUGUAAGUGUUUUUAACCACAAAACAAUAGCGACGUCGGGACCAGCGACAAUUUGCUUCACUGCAAAUCUAUAUAAAGAAUCAUCGAUAUUCUUUCAACAUUUCCGAAAUAGGCUAGAAGGCCUAGACGACGAAAAAGGUUCUGCCAACAACCCGUUUUUUACCAGCUGGAGCGGAAAUAAAAUGUCUUCUUCAAUGGCCACAGGCCAGUUGAACUCAUUUUGGAAUAAAGCAGUGGGAAGGAGUUUGCUGCGACCACGUCUUAAUGCAACACUAGUCCGCAAGACGUGUGUCACUAAAACUCAUUCUUUGAGGCCAGAGUUGGAGCAACAGUUGGCAAAUUUAAUGUGCCACUCCAAGGCAACAGCCAGACGGUCGUACUUUCUGCAAGAAAAGUCAAAAAAUGCCGCAGAAACAAGUAGGGAGCUGAGAUCUGUCCUACGCCAAACUGGGAAUAACGUUGAUGUGUCUCUAGAGGAUGCCAUUAAAGUGCAUUUUGCAAAGGAGAUAAGUGAUGGUAAAAUCACUCUGACUGUCGUGAAAGAAAAGUCAACAUUACAUCCGAGCUUUUUUAAUCUUACCUCACUACAGCUACGAGAUAAAAUUCGUUAUUUCAUCAUGUCGAAGACGAAGAGACAGAAUAACGAUGAAGUUAGAGAUAAAGAAUUAACAGUACACGAACCAGAAGCCUCUUUUAACGAUAAUGAAGCUCUGAUCAGCGACAAUACAUCGAUUUCGACGUGUGAAACGACUUCAUCCUUGUUUGGAACUAGAAAAGAUAGGGUGAAGUUUUCCAGCGAAGAUAACCAAUCAAUUUGGGGAAAAUUUGGAGACCUGAUAACAGGAAGUAUAUUAAUUAAGGAGGCAGAUAUUCGCAGUGCAAGCAAAGCUGACAGAGUUGUGAAAGAUUUGAUCGAAAAAUACGGUGUAACCACAAUAGUGAUGAAAGUUCGCACUGAGAAAAAGAAAUUUGCAAAGGACAAUGCUAGUUAGAACAUUAGUAUAUUUCCCAGCAUGCAUAUAGAAAGUAGCAAUAAAAAAAUAUAAUCAAAAAGUGAAAUUUAUUUUCCCACCAAAUCAAUUCCCACCAACAAAAUGUUUCUGAUCAUUUUCUUAAUUUACCAUCCUCUCAUACACCUCUUUCGUGUAAUACGCUUUCAGAGCUAUUUUUAACUAAUGAAUAUCUAACUGUAUGUUGCAACACGAUAUAUUGUUAUUAAUUUUCAACAUUGUAUUAACAAAUGUUCCCGAUAAUUAUUCCGUUAGAAAUAAUAAUUCAAGUAAACGUUUGUGUUUAAAUGAACAUUUCUGUAAGGAACUUACCUUUUUCCAGCAUUAACAUAUUGUUCUGCCUUAGAAACUACUAUUCACGGCAUCUCUGACUAAAUAAAACACAUUUAACAUUACAGUGUCUAUUAUGGCGUGUAUUAACCAACAUAUCAAACUAUUCUUAGAUACAGUAUAGAGAAAGAUGUUCUCCCACAGGACAUUCGUAGGUAGUACCAAAGAUGUUACUCUGAAGUAAUUGUCAUAAUGUUAGUAAAAUAAACUGUAGG